GGCAGAGCUGAGGCGGCAGCGGCGCGGACGGCCUGGCGUGCGCUCGGCAUGGCUCGCCUGGGGAUCGGUCUGGUGAGCUGUACCUUCUUUCUGGCAGUAAAUGGUCUGUAUUCCUCUAGUGAUGAUGUCAUCGAAUUAACUCCAUCAAAUUUCAACAGAGAAGUUAUUGAGAGUAACAGUUUGUGGCUUGUAGAAUUUUAUGCUCCAUGGUGUGGUCAUUGCCAAAGAUUAACACCAGAAUGGAAGAAAGCAGCAACUGCUUUAAAAGAUGUUGUAAAAGUUGGUGCAGUUGAUGCUGACAAACAUCAGUCUCUGGGAGGUCAGUAUGGUGUCCAGGGAUUUCCUACCAUCAAGAUUUUUGGAGCUAACAAAAACAGACCAGAAGAUUAUCAGGGUGGCAGAACUGGUGAAGCCAUCGUAGAUGCUGCCCUCAGUGCUCUGCGCCAGCUCGUGAAGGAUCGCCUUGCGGGAAGGAGUGGUGGAUACAGCUCUGGAAAACAAGGCAGAAGUGAUGGUUCAAGUAAGAAGGAUGUGGUAGAGCUGACGGACGACAGCUUUGACAAGAAUGUCCUUGACAGUGAUGACGUUUGGAUGGUUGAGUUUUAUGCUCCAUGGUGUGGACACUGCAAAAACCUGGAGCCAGAGUGGGCUGCUGCAGCCACAGAAGUAAAGGAGCAGACAAAAGGAAAGGUGAAACUGGCAGCCGUGGACGCCACCGUCAACCAGGUUCUGGCCAGCCGGUAUGGGAUUAGGGGAUUUCCUACAAUCAAGAUAUUUCAGAAAGGGGAGUCUCCUGUGGAUUAUGAUGGUGGGCGGACAAAAUCUGACAUUGUAUCCCGGGCCCUUGAUUUGUUUUCUGACAAUGCUCCACCUCCUGAGCUGCUGGAGAUAACCAAUGAGGAUGUGGCCAAGAAGACAUGUGAGGAGCACCAGCUCUGUGUUGUGGCCGUGCUGCCCCACAUCCUGGACACUGGAGCUUCAGGCAGAAAUUCUUACUUGGAAGUUCUUCUGAAAUUGGCAGACAAAUACAAGAAGAAAAUGUGGGGGUGGCUGUGGACAGAAGCUGGAGCCCAGUCCGAGCUUGAGAAUGCGCUGGGGAUUGGGGGGUUUGGGUACCCCGCCAUGGCAGCCAUCAAUGCCCGUAAGAUGAAGUUUGCUCUUCUGAAAGGGUCUUUCAGUGAGCAAGGCAUUAAUGAGUUUCUCAGGGAGCUGUCUUUCGGGCGUGGCUCCACAGCACCUGUAGGAGGUGGGUCCUUUCCUGCCAUAAUUGCCAGAGAGCCCUGGGAUGGCAGGGAUGGUGAGCUUCCUGUGGAGGACGACAUUGACCUCAGUGAUGUGGAGCUGGAUGACUUAGAGAAGGACGAAUUGUGAGGGCAAGACCCACGCCUCAAAUUUCUUUUCUUGGGAGCGAGCAGACCUUUCCAGCAGUGAAGGAACAUUCUACCAGUGGCCUUUCUAACCAAAAAGUAGCCCCUGAUCGGCCAUUUGAAAACACUGCAACAGUGAACUUUUGCAUCUCAAGAAAACAUUGAAAAAUUCUAUGAAUUGCUGUAGCCAGUGAAUUGAAUUGUUUUCUGUCGCAUAAUAUUUUGAAGAAAACUGGGUUGUUGAAACAUUUUUCCCUCUGACUGCUGCUUGAAUGUUCUUGGAGGCUGUUUCUUAUAUAUAGGUUUUUUUUAAAUGUGGUUCCUUCAUUUGAAUAUUAAUGGCUUUUUUCCAUUAAAGAAUAAAACAAUAUUUUGGACAAUGCC